UGAUAGGACAGUGUAAGAGCUGCCAUUGCUUCGGAUAGUAGCUGUUAAUUGUAUGGCAGAUUUCUUAUGCUAGUUACACAGACGGGACUAUUGCACUAAUAGUAUCAGUCCACAAUGAUACUGUGGUUGAUGCUAGCGUUGGCGGCCGGCACGUGCCAGGCCAUCCCAACCAACCGGCAAAUUACCCCAGAAACGCCCCUCGAUAGCUUAACCCUCGACGAGCUUGACCAACUACUAUCCGAAAAACUGGUGACGCUUCAAGUAGACCUCCUGAAGACCUACGAACAGCAAUUACGGGAACAUGAAGAGACUCUAGACCAUCUUCACCGGCAUCGUCGUGCGAUCAGUCUGCCCCCACGCCCCACCAUAGGCCAGGACGACUGGCACUCCUACGUCUACGACACUCGUCCAUCGAGGGAAAUUGCGUCGGUGACGGAUCUUGUUACCAUAAACUUCACAAAUGUACAUACUGUGGUGGACAUCUUUCCCGUGGCCCUUGAUAACAUUCACGCAAUCUACAAGCUCGACUCGGGUAAUGGCUACAUUCUCCAAGAUGACACGAUGCACUUGCUAACGGUCCGGAACCAGUGGACCAAGUCGCCUACUGGGUGUUCCUGUCCUGGCCAGGCUUCGGACACGAGAUGUGCCUGCUGCGCUCUUGGUAGUGUCCUCUGCCAAGUAUCGGCUAGUGGUGUAAGCAACACGUGCGUUGAAGAUUCUCAGAUAAACUCUCAUACAUGUUCUUCCCAAAGUCCAAGAUCUCUAGAGCUAGAUAAUGCUAUCGCAUUUGAAUACCACACCUACUCUGAGGGUGUGCAGCAAGUUGUCGUAAUUGCAAAAGGAGAAAAUAUUCACUUCUAUAGACUCGACAAGUGGGGUCUGCAAGACUUCCAUUCCUUGAAAGGUCACAACACUAUAAAUCUAGAUAGUCCUGUAACUCACCUAGGAUAUGGAGAAAUGUUUGUAGAACAAUUCGGUACAGUUACAAGAAAAAGAUACUUGUUCACUUUCGGCCUUGAUAGUAGCAGUAAGCGUUAUUACGAAAUAGUAACAAAUCCACAGGACUUUUCCAUAGAAACUGGACUUUCAAUGAUGUGGGAUACAACUGGAACAUCAAUGAAAGUUUGGCAAAAUGGUGGAAGAGUGAUCAUUGGAGUACAAGACGGUACUAACCUCAAUAUUCAUGAACUAACGAGUGACCGUUGGGGUAGACAGCAAAUAUCGCUGCAACAGGUGUUGAGCCUCCCAGCAGGAGUGACCUCCUGGAGGAGUUAUGCAACAGGCUUUGAAAACUUCCUAAUAGCCACGACCCCUACCUUUGCCCGCGUUUAUAUGGAGAGUAGGGGAGAGUACCAAAUUCUCCAGAACUUGCUGCCUACUGGUAGUAUUGCAAGUUUCAAAGAAAUGGUGCCUGUAACUCUUCCAUCCUGUAAAGAUGAGGUGAUGUUAGUUACCGGAUCAGGAACGAGUUUGCAAAUCUUUGUUUGGGAUGGAACAACAGGACUUUAUACCCUGGCAAAUGACACUUCUCUGGCAGUUGAUAUAACUGACUGGACCAAAGGCUUUGGUGAUGUAAGGUCGAUUAGUACAGCUGUUCCCAAAUUAAUUCUACAAUCGACGACGGGUGUAGUUGGCAUUAAUGUUCUUGCAGAGAUGCAACAUAUCGAAGAUCCUGUGUGGGAUGAAAGUGUUGCCUUAAAGAACAGAAAGCAGUACUUGGAGAACGAAUAUAGAAGCCAGAGGGAAGUAAUGCUUGAUAUAGAAGACAGAUUAAAUCAUUCUGUAGACACUACUACAGCAACAGUUGACAUAACUGGAGAUGUUACCAUUUUGGGUGGCAUAAACCUUGAUAAGACCCUAACAGUUACCGACUUCAGUGCAAACAACCUUGUUUUCCCCAACACCGAUCUUACUGGAAUAAGUUAUGAUGGAUACAAAGCUCACCUUGAAAAUAUUGCAAAUAGCUCUGCAUGGCUACAGAGUAUUGAUAAUACCUUGACAUCAAUUGAACUGGAAUUACAAGAUGCUGUUAGUCUGACCACUACCAAGAAGAUAGAUGGAAGAAAGGUAAUUGUGGAUGGAUUAACAGUGCAAGAUAUGAAUGUUGACAGUGCAGUUUUCCAAAAGGUAUUGGAUGACAAUGGUAAUGCCUUCCCUCUAACUUCAAGACUCGAAGGACUAGUCAAGUUUGCUGAUCUACGCAAAAUAACUGGUAAGAAGACCUUCACGACAAGCCUUGAUGUUACAAACCUUGAAACGAGUGCACUUGAUGAUAUUCCUGUAAGUGAUGUUGCAACUACAACAGGAAGUUAUGCAGUAACUGGAAAUGUAAACUUUGCCAGCACCCUACAAGCUAAAAAUGUUCAUCUACCAAAAGAUGGCACUGUUGGUGGGGUUGACUUGACAAAUGCCAUUACCUUGAAUGGCCCAGGAAAAUUAGGUUCUACUGUCUUCAACAAGAACUUAACAGUUCUUGAUAACCUACAAGUAGAUUCUACUGAUGUGGAUGGUGUAAUCAUUGAGCAGCUAUACAGAAAUGCACUAACAAAAGCAGGUGGAAAAUUGAAGGGACCACUUGAGUUCACAAACGAUGUGACUGCAAAGUCUCUAACGGCUAGCCUGCUAUCUGGUGUUAGUUCACCUAUUUUCUUGUCCACAACUGUAUUCAAGGAUCAAGAUGUUAAAUUGACAGGCAAGAUAAGGGUUCCAACCCUUACAGCCAAAGGCUUGUAUGUGAGAGACAUGGUAAAUGGCAAAGAUUUCCCAUCCGAUUUCCCUCUUAAAACUGAUAAAACCUUGAACCUGGGCACCAAAUCCUUCAAUCAUUUGACUUGUGUUGAUCUUACAGUUGAAAAUAGUCUUACUGUGGAUGGUAUCCAGUUUGAUAAACUGGUUACCCUUCAUAGACCUCAAGUUAUUGUAGGAAGAAAAACUCUCACGGAAGGUGUUGAUAUUCAAGGCAGUCUGAACGUUGCUAGCAGCUUGGUUGCAGGUGUAAACUUUGAUGACCUUUAUGCAAACCUUACAGCUAUUCAGAACCCAAUGGGUAAAGGAUUCGACAUUUACUUCAAGAACUAUGUCCAUCUUCCAACUGUGGACUACAAAGGUAAUAUGAACAACUUGAAUAUUGUCGAUCUCGGCAGAGAUAUAAUCUACAGCACCGACAGUGCAGCAGCAAUUUCAGGCACAAAGAGCUUUAACCUUCCUGUGAGUAUAUCCCAUGCAACAUUUGAUAGUACAUUCAAUGGCAAGAGUUUUGAUGACCUUGUACAUAGUUUUUCGACUAAACCAAUAGCUGGAGUGAAGACUUUCAAGAAGCCUGUUACCUUCUCCUCUACAGUAGAUGUAACUGGGCUUGUUGAUAGAGUAGACUUGAAGCAACUCUUUGACUCUGCAUUGUACCUGGACAAGGCAGGACAAGUGGUAACAGGAAGGAAGACUUUCACUGGUACAGUAUCUGCUGGAGAACUAGAUGUUCAGGGCCGAGUCUCUGGUGUGGACUUCAACACUAUUCUUGCCAAAUCUGGAGACCAAGUCUUCACUGUGCCACAGAAAUUGGCAGCCGCAUCCUUUGGUGCUCUAGAUGCUAACCAAAUAGACAUGUCAGAUGGAUUCACAAUGAAUGAUAUCGAUAUUUCUGUGCUGGACAGCACUCGCAUGAGCCGUAAGAAUCCUACCCCCCACUCGGGUGUUCUAACUGUAAAUGGAAUGGUAUCUGUCCUUGGCUCACUUGAUGCAGUAAACAUUGGCGGGCAUAAUGUUGCACAGUUGAAGAGCAACAUCGUCACCGAUGAUGCAGACUCGAUUAUAUCGUCAGAUCUGAGCUUUGCAAGCUUAACUGUGAAGGACUCUGUCAGUACUGCUAACAAGGUUGGUGCUAAUGGCCAGAAUAUAAGCAGAAUCAACGAGAAUGCAGAGCCAUGA